AUGGUUCGAUCAUCGUCAUCAUCGGGAGUUGUAUUAGAAUUAACUUCUCAAAAUUUUGCAAAUACGGUGGAAUCACCAUCAAAUAAUCAUCGAGUGUAUUUUGUAAAAUUCUUUGCUCCAUGGUGUGGACAUUGUAAAAGAUUGGCACCUGUUUGGUCCGAAUUGGCCAAAGAACUCGAAGAUUCAUCAAUUCCUCAUUACAAUAAUGUUCAAUUAGCUAAAAUUAACUGUGAUGAACAUUCGGAUGUUUGUAGAAGAUUCUCUAUCAGAGGUUAUCCAACACUCAAAGUAUACGCUAAUGGAAAGCCUAUCACUGAAUACUAUGGUCAAAGAUCCAUACCAAAAAUCAAAGGAUUUUUGGAUGAUGUAUUCUCAAAAUCUAAAAGCACUGGAAACGUUGAAGAUAUCAUUGAAGUAGACUUGGAAGCAAAAAUUAAGAAUGAACAACGAAAUUGGGUGGUUAUGUUUUAUAAUCCUGAUAGCUCAUCCUUUAAUUCGUACAAUUCAAAAUUCACUGAUAUUGCAACACAAAACAAGGACACAUUUAACUUCUUUGCUCGAGUGAAUUGCAACCAAGAGACAGAAUUAUGUACGAAACGAUUUGGCCUUGAUACCAAAACCAAUCCAGUCAUUGUGUAUUUCACUGGCAAAGAUCGUAGCAUGUCUGUUUUCACUGAAGACAUUUCCAAGCUUCAACAAUUUAUUGAAUCAGGUCACAACUCCAAACAGAAAGUACCAGUCCCAGGUCCAGUUGACAACACUCCAACGAUUAUUCAUUUCUUGACAGAUCAUCCUUACAUUAGUAUUGGUAUUGUCACCUUGUUCUGUGUUGCAAUUUUAGGUAUUUUCUUGGCUGUUGUUUGCAUGUCUGACGAUGUGCCCGAGAGAAGAAGAUCAUCUUCCGAUGCUGUCACUACUCAAAACGUGCCACCAUCGACCUCCUCAUCAGACUCCUCCACUCAUGACGAUAGCAAAGAUGAACCAGAAUCACCACCCAGCACCACCAACGAAACCAAUGCUGGUAGUUUGAAAGAGAGAAAACCACGUACUUCCGAUCAUUAUUAA